GUGUGUGUGUGUGUGUGUGUAACGAUGGCGGUCCCGAUGCUGAAGAUGGGGCUGGUGCUCAGUACCAUGGCCAUGGUGACUAACUGGAUGUCCCAGACGCUCCCUAAACUGGUGGGACUGGAUCAGACUGGGGCUCGACCCGGAACCUCCGAGAAGUUCAUCAGUGUGGUGUAUCCGGGGCAGGAUGAAGGAUGGCAGGUGUUUGGUUCUGUAUCUGAUGUAGGAGGGAAGUGUGUGUGUCGGCUCCUGGCCCCCCCGCCGAACCACUGCCAGAGAGAACCACGACACACUCGCCUUCGCCAGAUCGCCCAGCAUAUGCAGAAUGUGUCUCAGUAUCUGGAGAUGUUGGACUGGCGAACAUCUCGAGAUCUGCAGCAUAUCAGAGACACAGAGCAGAAGAUCAUCAGCGUGGAGAUGAGAGUGAAGACCGCAAUAUCAAACCCUCGCACUGUCACUGCUGAAGUUCUACAGGACCUGGAACAGAGUGUGCUGGAGUGUGUUCCUCUGCGCGCUGUGUUGGCUCGGUUUAAGUCGGAGGUGUUGAAGGUGGAGGUGUUGAAGCGGGAGAUGGACAGCGUGAGCGCGAGUCUCACCCAGGAGCAGAGACACACCUACAACAGCAUUCAACAGCUGGAGCAGAGAGAGAUCCUGCUGCAGAGUCGACUGCACGCCUGCGCCAGCUCAAUUGGGUGUGGUAAGCUGCUGGGAAUCAGUAGCCCGGUCACCAUCAGGUCCUUGGGGUCCAGAUUUGGCUCUUGGAUGAUGGACAGCAUGAUUUCCAGCUCUGAUGAACGAGUUUGGUCGAUGGACGGCUACUUUAAGGGAAAGCGUGUGUUUGAGUACAGGUCGCUGAGGGACUUCGCUAUUGGACGCAACUUUGAUGUGCAUCACCUUCCUCAUCCAUGGUCAGGUACAGGUCAUGUGGUCUAUAACGGCUCUCUCUACUACAACAAACACCAGACGAAUGUGAUUGUGCGCUACCACCUUCUCUCUCACAGCGUGCUAACACAGCGCCCUCUCGCUCAUGCCGCCUACAACAACACCUUCCCGUACUCCUGGGGUGGAUCCUCUGACAUCGACCUCAUGGCGGACGAGAGCGGCCUCUGGGCAGUCUACACCACCCUGAUGCACGGCGGGAACAUGGUGCUGGGCCGUCUGAACCCGGUCACACUGGAACUGGUGCAGUCCUGGGACACGGGUUUCCCCAAACGCAGCGCCGGGGAGGCCUUCAUCGUGUGCGGCUCGCUCUACGUCACCGACUCGCACCUAAACGGAGCCAAGAUCCACUACAUCUACCACACCGACACACACAUGUACGAGUACACACACAUCCCGUUCCACAACCAGUACUCGCACAUCUCCAUGAUGGACUACAAUCCUAGAGAGAAGGCGCUGUACGCCUGGAACAACGGGCACCAGGUCAUCUACAACAUCACGCUCCUGCAGGAGGUCAAGAUCUUCACAGAGGUGUAGGGAAUGGAGGAGAAGAGGGAAGAGCAAAAUUAAUAACCA